CCUUGAAAAGGAACAUCUACUUAGUGAACAGUUAAAAAAUUUUAGCAAUUUGAAAAAAGCAGCAGCUCUGAAUGAAGAAAAUAUGACAAAAAAGGAGCUUUUAGCAAUCAUUAAUUUAUUAUUCAAUUCUGUUAAUCUUUUUGAUCAUCCAAAUUAUCGUG